ACACCUGCUGGAAUAGGACAACGAGUUCCGCAUUUUUCUGAUAUAAUAAGGACUUUCACAGCACAAGUAUGAAGUGCCAGGUUUUGGUGGCUCUGUUGGGCCUUUCGCUUAUACUUUUUGGGGCAUCCACGGAGGCCAGCUACUGUCCCUGCAACCUUUUGAAGGCGGAGGUGUGCGGCACCAAUGGCGUAACCUACAAAAACCGGUGCUUUUUUGAAUGCACGCAGCGGGAAUACAAGAGGCUCGGACGAAAUCUAAACAUCCGCCGGCUGGGAUCUUGUCAAGAUAAUCGCUAUUUUUGAGUUAGUCAUUUUUGCUGACUCAAACGGAUAUAAUUAAAAAGAUUAAUUAACUAAAUGGUCGACUUCUGGUUGCUUAAAACACAUUUGAAAUGCACACUUGUCAAAACUAGAGAUUCCAAGUUGUUGUGUUUAAAUCUUGCAAACUAAUGUAGCAAAUAAUUCUUAAAUAUUCGUAUAUGUAUAUAUUUACAGGUUCAUUGAGUAUAUAGUUUAAAGGCAGCAGAAUUGUUGCACAAAUGAUUAAAAUGUUUAUGAAUUUA